AUGCUUCUAUUGUUUUUAUUUGCCCUUUUCAGCUUCUCAGAUUCCGAUGGAAAAUCCAAGCUCACAUGGCCCAUUGUAGGAAUAACUCUUGGAACAGGAUUUUCAUUGCUUAUUUUUGCAAUUGUUUUUACAAUUUGCUGCUUCCGCGAGAAACCUGUAGACAAUCGCGUUGUAUAUAUUGAUGGACCAAUAUCUCCUAUUGCAGAAAAGGCAGAUAACAAUUAG